GGGGAACGGAGGGAUAUAUAUAUGGCGGCGACCGCGCCCAUGGGGAUGGGGCAUCCACAUCUCAAUCAAUCUCUCUCCUCCCUCUCUCUUGUCAGGCUUCUCUUCUCUGUACCAAUACCUGUCUUGCUGUUUGACUUGGCACUUCUCUACCCGACUCUUACAGUAAUCUUCACACCGCAAUCAUGGCAAGCCCCCCCUCCUUGAUUCCCAUGGCGCGACAGCAUUCUAAUCAUGAGGGAAACACAGACUCUCCACGUU